AUCUCUUCCUCAUUAAUCCUAGCAAUUACAAAAAUUUUAGAAAAAAAAGGGUCUCUUUUUUGCUUUUUUUUUAAUAUAAAAAAAGCUUCACUCUUCUCUCCUUCACAACCAUGUCUCUAAUCAAUGAUCUCAUCAACCUCAAUCUCUCUGAUUCCACAGAGAAGAUCAUAGCCGAAUACAUAUGGAUUGGAGGAUCUGGUAUGGAUAUCAGAAGCAAAGCAAGGACUCUUCCUGGGCCUGUUACCGACCCCGCCGAUCUUCCGAAAUGGAACUACGACGGCUCGAGCACGGGCCAAGCUCCCGGCGACGACAGCGAAGUGAUCUUGUAUCCUCAAGCAAUUUUCAAGGAUCCUUUCAGAAGGGGGAAUAAUAUUCUUGUCAUGUGUGAUUGCUACACACCAGCAGGAGAUCCAAUCCCCACAAACAAAAGAUUUAAUGCUGCUAAAAUUUUUAGCCACCCUGAUGUUACUGCUGAAGAACCUUGGUAUGGGAUAGAACAAGAGUACACUCUCCUGCAAAAAGAAGUUAAGUGGCCCCUUGGAUGGCCUGUUGGUGGCUACCCUGGUCCUCAGGGUCCUUAUUAUUGUGCGAUCGGCGCCGACAAAGCCUUUGGACGCGAAGUCGUCGACUCGCACUACAAAGCCUGCUUGUAUGCAGGAAUCAACAUCAGUGGCAUCAAUGGAGAAGUUAUGCCAGGCCAGUGGGAAUUUCAAGUCGGCCCCGCUGUCGGUAUCUCUUCUGGUGAUCAAUUAUGGGUGGCUCGUUAUGUUCUUGAGAGGAUCACCGAGAUCGCGGGAGUUGUUCUCUCCUUCGACCCAAAGCCUAUCCAGGGUGAUUGGAAUGGUGCAGGAGCUCACACUAAUUACAGCACUAAGUCGAUGAGAAGCGACGGAGGAUAUGAGGUCAUAAAGAAGGCCAUCGAGAAGCUCGGGAUGAGGCACAAGGAGCACAUCGCGGCUUACGGUGAAGGGAAUGAGCGCCGCCUCACCGGAAAACACGAAACUGCCGAUAUUAACACCUUCUUAUGGGGAGUUGCGAACCGCGGGGCAUCGAUCCGAGUGGGCCGCGAGACUGAGAAGAACGGAAAAGGUUAUUUCGAAGAUCGGAGGCCGGCUUCGAACAUGGAUCCCUAUGUCGUCACCUCGAUGAUCGCGGAGACUACCAUCCUCUGGAAACCCUAAACCUCAAAGAUCAAAAUAAGCUGUUCUUGCAGGAUCUUCUGUUCCGUCUCGGAUGUUGAGAUCUCUUAGCUAUGAUUCAUCUUGCAUUUGAGUUUUUCUUUUGUUGCAGUAAAACCAGAAUGACGGUAAUAAGCUCACUUUUGUACUAUGAUCUAUGAUCUUUAAAUUGCAAGUUGUCGAUUUUAUCUGCUUUUA